AUGGUUGCCACAACUAAGCCAGAGGGGCUCCCCCCCAUGACAUACCGAUUCCUGGGACGCUCAGGUCUGCAGGUCUCGUCCAUUUCUCUGGGUGGAUGGCUCACAUACGGUGGCCACGUCGACCGAGAGGGCACCUAUGCCUGCAUGAAGGCUGCCUACGACUGUGGCGUCAACUUCUUUGACUGCGCCGAGGCCUAUGCUGGCGGCGAGUCUGAGAAGGUCAUGGGAGAGGCCAUCAAGAAGUUCGGCUGGAACCGCAACGACUUGGUCAUCUCCACCAAGAUUUACUGGGGUCAAGCCUAUGGCAACAACCCCGCCAACAACCUGGGUCUCUCCCGAAAGCACAUCGUCGAGGGUGUCAAUGCUGCCCUGAAGCGUCUCGAUCUCGAGUAUGUCGACCUGAUCUAUGCCCACCGUGCCGAUCGCAAGACCCCCAUGGAGGAGGUUGUCCGUGCCUUUAACCACAUCAUCGACUCCGGCAAGGCCUUUUACUGGGGUACAUCUGAGUGGACCGCAGUUGAGAUCGCAGAGGCAUGGCGGGUGGCCGACAGGCUGGGCCUCAUCGGCCCCCUGAUGGAGCAGCCUGCGUACCACAUGCUCAACCGACAAAAGGUCGAGGGCGAUUAUGAGCUCCUGUACCGCGAGCACGGCCUUGGUCUCACCAUCUUCUCCCCCUUGUACCAGGGCAUCUUGUCCGGCAAGUACAAGAACGGCAUUCCCGACGACUCUCGUUUCGCUCAGACCCAGGUUGCCUUCAUCGCUGGUUACUGGAAGAGGACCGGAAAGGAGGUCUGGGAGGGAUACAUCGAGAAGGUCAACAAGCUGGAGCCCAUUGCCGACAGGCUGGGCGUCAAGCAGGCCGCUCUGGCCCUGGCCUGGGUGCUCAAGAACGACAGAGUCAGCUCUGCCAUCACAGGCGCCAGCAGCCCUGCGCAGGUGUACGAGAAUAUCAAGGCCUUGGCCGUCGUGGACCAGUUGACACCGGAGAUUUUGAAGGAGAUUGAUGAGAUUCUGAACAACAAGCCUCCUACAUUGGUGGAGAGAGAGUAG